AUGGAAGACGUAUUGAAUGUCAAAUGUGUAUCGGUAAAUAAAAGUAUGCAGUAUGUCCCGAUGUCAUGUCAGGGUGCUAAAUGUCCAGCAUUAUGCGAGACAACAACUUAUAAUACCAUGACCGACAUCUCUGCAAAGUGUGAAGAAACAAAAACAACAGAUGUCAAUGGGAAAACCAGUCUGUCUACCAUUCUUCCGGAAAUCAGCUCCAAGGCUUCAACCACAUCAUCACUUGGAAAAGACACAUCCGUUUCUGUUAACAUGACUAAAGUAACAGAACAUGGAACAAUAACAACAGCUAUCGAUAUGAAAACAAGUCUGUCUACCACUCAACGGACAAAUGCAGUUACAUUAAAAGUGUCUUCUACAGAAUCGACUAAGAUAUCAGUGACAAAAGAAACAGAAAGUCGGACAAUAACAAUUAAUAUCAACAAGUCUAGCACUCAACGGGAACAGACGAUUAACUUCGUGGGUUCUACCACAGCUACACCUGGGACAAAACCAUCGGUUCCAGUGACCAUGAUUCAAGUAACAGUCUUGGUACCGUCUGAUUAA